UAAUGCAAGCGGACCCACUUCGAAAUAGCAGGCUAGAGUGAAGACAGUCGUCCUCCGCGGUCAUUCAUUGAGCCUCCACCAUCAGGCACAGCACACAGAUAGUCCACUAGACCUACCGACAAUGUUGUUCUGCAGAGCGGCUUGGCAGAGACUGGGGCCUCUUGCACGAAAGAGCAUUUCACCUCUUAAAAAUGCAGUCUCAGCACGAACCAUGUCCGGGGCUGCAGGUGGAUCCGGAAUCAACAAAGCUUUUGUCGUAGUUGGUGGAGGCACUCUCACAGCUGCUAUUAUUUAUGCUUACAAAAGCUCGGGCAGUUCAAAAGUUGCAGAGGCCACACCAAUCGCAGCACCAGCUGCAGAGGCAGCACCAGUAGAAGCAGCAGCUCCAGUUGUAGAAGAGGCCCCGGCCGCUCCAGUUGAAAGUGCACCCGCAGAAGCAGAAGCGGCACCAGCCCCUGCUGAGGCAGCACCAGAGGCUCCAGCAGCAGAACCCGUAGUAGAAGCCGCACCCGCAGCAGAACCCGAACCCGCACCCGCAGUAGAAGCAGCGCCCGCAGCUGAGCCCGUAGCAGAGGCAGCACCAGAACCUGCAGCAGAACCAGCGGCAGAGCCCGCACCAGAACCUGCAGUGGUGGCUGAAGUGGCAGCGGAGCCUGUUGCUGAGGCAGCCCCACCCGCGGAGGCACCCGCUGCUGAAGCCGCACCCGAGGCAGCUCCUGCUGAGGCCGCAGUCGAGGCACCUGCUGCUGAAGCCGCACCGGAGGCCGCUCCUGCAGCUGAGGCUGCCCCUGCUGAGGCCGCUCCUGAAGCCGCACCUGCUGCUGAGGCUGCACCUGUGGAGGCGGCACCAGAAGCCGCACCUGUUGCUGAGGCUGCCCCAGAGCCGGCAGCCGCUGUUGUGGAGGCCCCAGCAGAGAUCUCUGCAGAGGCUCCUGCUGCUGCUGCUGAAGCCCCUGCCGCUGAGGCCCCUGCAGCUUGAGACCUUGUACACUGAGAUGGGAAGGGUGGUAAGAGCCAUGGCUUCUCCUUUCCCCACCCACCCCGCACACUAUCCCAGUUCGCUCCACAUUUUACAAUAAGCUGCAGCUGUGGACUUCGAUUCAUUUUGAAUUUCACAUUUGAAGUGUAACGACGCGGCACGUCUAAUUUUCUCUUAGUUUCCCAUGUAAGAGAAAUUUGGACGUUUGCUCCUGUGUCAGAAUUUCUUUCUACACACUGGCAUUUAUCUUUUGGGUGGGAGAGGUUACUUGGAGACUAAAGGGAGGAAGAAAAGUUGUUAGAACAGUAAUGGUAACAGUUAAACGAAUUCCUGUAAGUUUGGAUUCUCCACUGAAGAAUGCUUUCUGACUGUGUCAGUUUUAUAAUGAAUAACAUAAGUCUUCUUUGGCUAGUCUAACUUUUAGGGAACGGAUGCAGUGCAGCCUAAUUGUUUAUAUCUAUGCACGUCCACUUUUAUAUGAUUCCCUGUACCCGGAACAUCAUACUGAGGAGUAAAGCUGGGUGUUAUUUAAGAAAAAAGCCCAACAAGCACGUGACGUGAGAUGAUAAAAUGUUCCGUCUUUUAUUUAUGAUUGGGUGAAACAUUGAUUGUGUGAUCCGUGCAAUUCUGUGCUGCAUCUUACUGUAAAGAAAUGUGACCAAAACUGUUUCCCUGUUCUGGCUUCUCUUUGCUUCCUCUGGUGUCCUCUCCUACUUCGUUGUAGAAUGCAAAGUUUCCCGAUACCUCAUGUGUGUCGUGUUUUGACAUCUGGACAUUUGAGCCAACCUUACUUCCUACCAGACUGACAGUGCAGAACUUGGGGAAAAAAUCAGUUGUCCUCUUGCCUUACCUCUCUCAGAGGAGCCAAAAUGGCUACUCUCUGGGUCCAGAAUGCCCGCUCCUUUGCCCUCAUCCCAAGUGUCCUCUACCGGUCAUCUCCCACACCUGCUCUCACUGGGCCCUACAACACUUCAGGCGUUUUUUUUUUGAAGGACCGUCUUGGUUUUUGAACUACAAUCCCCCAUGUAUUCUCACCUACAACACUGAGGGCUGGAGCCCGGAGUAUGCGUGUUUCUUUUUGUUUCUUUAUUUUUUUUCUUGCCGUGUGUGAAUGUUGCAGUCUGUUGCAGUCUAAUUCAUUUCUUCAUAAAUGUGAAGUCUGACAAGGAAAAGUUUAGUCCAACCACACACAUUUUCACAUAAAUGUUCACCAUAGGAGAAUUUUGUACAGUGCCAUCUUGGUCCUAGCCUUGGUCGACUAACUCAUAGAUUAUGGCAGCCUAUUUCAUAGGCCAAUGUGAAGUGAUUGAGAGAUAAGGGAAUUUCCAUUGAUUGUUCAAUAAAGUUAUAAAUGUUAACUCA